AUAGUGCGUACAGCAACGUAACGUUUCCGAAAAGGUACAAAGCAGCAGCAGUCAACGAAGUUUUGCUUUUACUUGGCGUUAACAAUCUACGUUUUUACUACGCAGAGAUUUAUUUCACUAUAUAAUACAUACAUACAUAUAAAAGUCUUUUGUAUUUUAAGCUUGGAAAUCGACAGCGUAGGAUCAAGAUGUCGUACAUGCUACCACAUCUCCACAAUGGCUGGCAGGUUGACCAAGCCAUCCUGUCUGAGGAGGACCGAGUCCUCGUGAUCCGCUUUGGACACGACUGGGACCCAACAUGUAUGAAAAUGGACGAAGUUCUCUACAGUAUCGCUGAAAAGGUAAAGAAUUUUGCAGUCAUUUACCUGGUGGACAUCACAGAAGUGCCUGACUUCAACAAGAUGUACGAGUUGUACGACCCCUGCACCGUCAUGUUCUUUUUCAGAAACAAACACAUCAUGAUUGAUUUGGGCACCGGCAACAACAACAAGAUCAACUGGACAAUGGAGGACAAGCAGGAGAUGAUAGACAUUGUUGAAACAGUGUACCGAGGAGCGAGAAAAGGAAGAGGUCUUGUGGUGUCUCCAAAGGAUUAUUCUACAAAAUACAGAUAUUGAUUUUUUUUUUUUUUUUUCUCCAACUUUUUUGAGGAGCUGUUUUAUUGUUUCCUGAUAUUUUGUGACAUGACAGACUACAAGUUACACAAGUCAAGGAAGAUCUUUUUCAACAGGACAAUAUUCUUAUUAAUGGUCAUGAUUGUGUUACAUUGUGUCAUUUGUUUUCUUUUUGUGAGUAGAUUGACAUGUUUAACAAAACAAUUUUUUUUAAACUUGUGAAAAAUGUGAAACAGGUGCUUAAGAAACCAGACACAGUGUAAAAGUCCUCAUAUUUAAACAUAAUAAACAUGGAUGGAUAUUUACACAUGAAA